AGGUUAUGUAUCAAUGUCUGUUCAUAGAACAUUAGCAUUAGCAGCAUCAUAUUUUAUUAUUCUAUCAAUAUAAUGUGUUUAAUCCUACAAAAUUACUUUUGAAAUUGGUCAAACAAAUAUUCUAAAUGAUAAAGUGUAUUAUCGUGAUAUUUUCCUCUUGAUAAAUUAAUAUAGAAUGAGUUAUCUUCCCGAAUUCACAAAUGUGAACAUUUUGUAUUGUGUUACAUUAGUGAAUUAUUUAUAAAAAACGCUUAAUAACUUUACUUUUAUCAUUAUCCAGUUAUUUUUUCCAUAAAAUCAGACUUUUCCAAUAGGAAUAGAACUGAUUAAACGUAGAUUCAAAUUAAAAAAUAGUCUACACUAUGUCGGUCACCAAGAACACAUCUGCACUCAUAAGAUCAACCUUUUUGGAUUAUUUUAUCAAAGAAAAUGGUCAUGCUUUUAUCCGAUCAAGCCCUGUAGUACCAUUCCAAGAUCCCACUUUGUCUUUUGUCAACGCAGGAAUGAACCAGUUCAAAAACGUUCUUCUGGGUUUACAAAAGCCUACUUUCAAGAAAAUAGCCAAUAGCCAGAAAUGCAUCAGAGUUGGAGGAAAACACAAUGAUCUGUGUUUGGUUGGGCAUGAUACCUACCACCAUACUUUCUUCGAAAUGCUGGGCAACUGGUCAUUUGGAGACUACUUCAAAAAAGAAGCAUGCUCAAUGGCUUGGACCCUGUUAACAUCCAGAUUCAAUAUACCAUCUCAUCGACUCUAUGUCACCUAUUUUGGUGGGGAUAAAGAGUUGGGGAUACCUCCUGAUUUGGAAACUAAAGAAAUUUGGAAAUCAAUUGGUGUCAAUUCGAAACAUAUUCUACCGUUUGGAAUGAAAGACAAUUUCUGGGAGAUGGGCAAAACUGGACCCUGUGGUCCCUGUACAGAAAUACAUUACAGUUACCUGGAUGGGCCACCAACGCCUGAGAAGGUCAACACUGCAAAUCCACUUCUAAUCGAACUGUGGAAUAUUGUCUUCAUUGAAUUUAAUAGGCGUGGAGAAAAUCUAUUAGAAAAGCUACCAGAAAAACAUGUUGAUACUGGUAUGGGACUUGAACGUUUGAUAGCUGUUCUUCAAGGAGUCAAAUCGAAUUACGAUACUGAUCUGUUUAGACCUCUUUUUGAUGUUAUAUCCAAGGUUUCAGGAGCGAGACCCUACUCUGGAGCUUUCGGUGCGGCGGAUCGGGAUGGCCUAGAUACAGCGUACAGAAUUCUAGCUGAUCAUUCUCGUAUGAGUGCUGUUGCCUUGUCUGAUAAUAUGUUUCCCGAUCAAAACCAUAAAUUGAGACGAAUAAUACGUAAGGCACUUGUAACUUGUGAGCGAAACUUCAAAAUGAAAGACAAUGCAAAACUAUUGGGAGAAGUUGUUAAUGGAGUCGCCGAUAUAUUAUCUCAAGCUUAUCCAGAGAUAUCUAGGAAUUUGAAUAAGGUUCAAAUGAUCAUACGGAAUGAAAGCGAAAUAAUCAGAGAACUGAACCGAAGUACGGCCAAAGAAUGGAAGAAACUGGUGCAACAAGAUCAGCGGCUUUCGGCGUUUACUGGAGUGGAAGCUGUGGGUUUAGUGCCAGCCUAUCGAGAUCUGUGUGAUAGUGUUGGUGAAAAAACUGGAAAUUUGUCUUCUGAGUUAGCGGUUCGUCUCUAUGACACUCGUGGUCUUGAUGCUGAUCUCAUUGAUGAUUUGGCGUCAGCUCUUGGCCUCAACUUUGACAGAGACGAUUUCGACAACAAAUUGAAGAAAUUCAAACAAGAAGGAAGCAAAUCAUUUUCACCAAAACUUGAUUUUUCUACUAUCUGGACCGACACAUUGAUAAGAAACAGUGUCCCAUUAACGAACGAUUCCUUCAAAUACGUGUAUGAACGGGAACCACCUCUAUCCGCCUCUCAAAAUGAAAGUACACAAAAUCUGUGUUAUACUUUCCCAGUUUUGACUUCGAAAUUGUUAGCAAUCAUGCUAUUAGAUGGAAGUGAAUCGCAGAAUGUGUGUUUGGAAAACGACGAAGUUGUAUUGGAAACCGGGAAGCAAGCAGCUCUAAUUGUGAAUAAUACGAAUUUCUAUUCAGAAGAAGGUGGACAAGAGGGAGAUAAGGGUACUAUUUCUGUAUUCAGUCCUGAUGGCGAAGAGGUUUUUUCAUUAGAAGAAGUAGCUAUUGAGAAAGUUGGAGGAUAUGUUUUUCAUUUUGGAAAACUCAGUGUUAAUAAAUACAUGGAAGGAAAAUCUUUCAAACUCACAUCAGAGACCAAGGCAAAUCUGAAGAUAGACGAAACGAUUCGGUUAGCUCAUAUGCGUAACCACACUGCCACUCAUUUGAUAAAUGCAGCUUUGAAAGAAAUAUUGACAGUUUCGUGUCAAAAGGCUAGCAACGUAUCUCAUGAAUCACUCACGUUUGAUUUCUCAGUUUACGGGGCAUCUUUCUAUGAACAAGAAGCUUCAAAACUUGAAAAAUUAGUGCGGAAAACGAUUGCUUCCAAAACACCAGUUGAAAGAAAAAUCGUUUCCAGUCAGGAUAUUCUUUCAAUGGAUGAUAUUGCACUACUGCCUGGAGAAACUUAUACUGAUAGCGAAAUAUCAGUGAUUGAAAUAAAAGGAGAGCAGCUUUUUUCCAAAGAAGCUUGCUGCGGUACCCACGUUAUGAAUACCGGUGAUAUUGGUGCUUUCUGUAUUACCGGCUUGAAAUCGCAGGGAUCAAAUUUGAAAUUUCUGCAAGCCGUGACUGGCCAAACUGCCGAAAAUGCAAUGACUGAAGGGAAAGAAAUCAAUGAAAAGACACAAGCUAUUUCAAACAAAGUGAAGGAGUACCUGGGCUCGAAGAAUGACGGUUCUCUUUUGUCAGAAUUGGAUAAUGAGAUUCAAAAUUUCAAGUCUGAAUUGAAUCAGAGAAGUAAAUCUGCAAGUUAUUUGGCUGUUAGUGGUGCUUCUUCAAUACUUGAUGAAAUUAGCCUGGAGUUGAAAAAAGCUGCUCGAUUACAUUUACGCGAUGCUUUGAACUCGGAAAUGAGGGAAGUGAUCGAAAAUUGUAAAGAGAACUUCGUUGUACAUUUUUUGAAAUGCUCAUCCGAAUUGGACUCAACUCCAUUAAUCAAAGCGACAAAAAUGUGCCCUAAUAUUCCUGUUAUGAUAUUCUCAUACACAGACAAUUGCUUGAGAGGACGCUGUACAAUACCAAAGGAAUAUUGUGAAAUUCUUUCAGCUGAAGAUUGGAUGAAUGCAGUUAUUUCAGUUACCGAUGCUACUGGUGGUGCUCCGAAAGGACAAGAUCCAAAACUUGUCUACUUGAUGAAACCAACGAAAAUCUCCAAAGAUGCCGUUGAGAAAAUAGUUGAUAAUGCUUUAGAAGUUGCUAAGAGAGUGGCAGAGAAAAACUUUACAUAAUCUCUUAGUAUAGGUAGAAUAUGAAUUUUAAUAAUUAUUUAGCAGAUAGAUUUCUGCUAUGAUAAUAGUUGUUGUUGUUAUUAUAGUCUUGAGUUAUAUAUAUAAUAUGGAGACAAUAAAUAUAGCGGUGAAUAAAUAAGCAGAAUUCCUAAAAUGUA